ACUGGGUUGCGCGCCAUCGCGACGCGCACGCCACGGACAGUCGUUGCCGUUGAGUCGUUCGUCGGACUUCGGAAGGGACGGACGGACGCUCGCGCGGCUGCGGACCGUCGUAGGAGUGAAGUGCCGUCUGUCUUUCCUUCCCCCCUCACACACACACACACAUACUCUCUAUCAUCCCGUCUGUCGCUCUUUCUAUCUCUCUCUCUCUCUCUCUCUCUCUCUUUCUCUCCACGACUAGCAUAUACUCUUCACGGGACGGACGGACGCGUGCGGACGCAAACGUCGGAGCUGUUUUUUCGCGUGUGUGUAUGCGUGCGUGAGAGAGUGCCGCUCGUGCACGCUCGUGUGCGCCCCAGCCAUCCGCUCGCGGCCCACGGAACUCGCCGCCUCACUCACUCUUUCCGCCGCCGUGCCCGACGGCGCAGCUGUACCACGGCGGGUCCCGUCGUCGUCCCGUCUCGCGCCGCACCAGUCCCACCGCUGGGCAGCCGCGGUGUGCAGGUUCCGCUGUGCGUGUCGGGGGAGAAAUGGAGCUCGAGCAGGCGGUGCCGCAGGUGAACGCGGACCUGGAGAGGAAGACCAAGGAGAGCGGCGGCGGCGUCUCCGGGAAUCACAGUGAUCAUAUCAAUGGCAUGUCCAAUGGUUUCGAUAAGAAACGGGAGCACAAAUCGGAGCACAGGGACAAGGACAGAGAGCGGUCCCACAAAUCGGAUCACAAGGACAAAGAUCGGAGCAGGGACAAGGAGAGGAAUCACAAAAGUGAACACAGGGAUAAGGACAAGGACAAGCACAGACAUAGCUCCAGUUCGGUUAAGGACAAGGAGAAGCAUGAUAGCAGCAAAGAUAAAGACAAGGAUAGAAAGAGUUCCUCGUCUAGCAAGGACAAGGAGCAUAAGAGCAGCAGCUCGUCCAGCAAGGACAAGGAAAAGGAUAAGGAUAAGAGCAGGGACAAGGAGCAUCAUCAUAAAUCGAGCUCGAGCUCUAAAGACAAAGACAGACAUCACAGCAGUUCAAAGGACAAGGACAGUUCGAGCAAGGACAAGGACUCGAAGAGCAAGGACAAGGAUAGGCAUAGACACAGUAGUUCCCUGAACUCUAGCUCGCGCGACAAGGACAAGGACCGGAGUAUCUCGAAGGACAAGGACGGUAAGAAGCACUCGUCGGAGAAGGAUAAGGAUAGACAUUCCACUUCGCACUCUUCGGGCGACAAGGAGAAGCACCGCUCCUCCGAGAAGGACAAAGACAAGCACAGAGAAAGUUCGUCCAGAGAUAAGCAUCGCCAUGAUAAAGACAAGGAUCGCCAUCGCCACGACAAAUCUAAGCAUCGCGAGGAGAAGGAGAAGAAGGAUAAGGAGGAGGUUAAAGUGAAGGAAGAGCCGAACGUGAAGGUGAAUCAUUCGAUUAACGAAGGGUAUCACUACAAUAUGGUUAAUCUUAAGAAUGAGAUAAAGGAGGAGCCUAUGUCGCAAGAGUUGGACGAUGAUGACGACAGCGGUGGCGAGCGACCGCUCUACAUCAAGGAGGAGGACGACGACGAGCCGAUCAAAGAGGAGGCCAGUAUGGACUCGACGGAUGGAAAUGACACCAGAUUGUCGGAUCUCCACAACACGACCUUAAAGACGGAAGCGGACUCGGAGGAUGACGACAAGCCAUUGUAUUCGAGAUCUAAGGUAUCGCCGAACGUGAAGAGAAAAAUCCAGUUGGACGAGGACGACGACGUUCCGCUGUCGACGCGCAAGAAAUCCAAGAAAGCGGCUGCCAGCCAGAAGACCAGCAAGAAGAAGAAGCGAAAACACGGGGACGAUGACGAUUCCGAGGCCGAGGAGAUGCAGAAACCAAAGAAGAAGAAUACGAAGAUGAACGCAGGAGGCGACAGUCCGAGGAAGAAGAAGCAAGAGGAGCAGCAGGAGGUUUGGAAAUGGUGGGAGGAAGAGAAGAAGAGCGAUGGCACGAAAUGGUAUUACUUGGAGCACAAGGGACCAGUAUUCGCGCCACCCUACGAACCCUUACCCCCCAACGUGAAGUUCUACUACAACGGCAAGGAGAUGAAGCUGAGCGAGGAGACGGAGGAGGUGGCGACCUUCUACGCUCGCAUGCUCGAUCACGACUACACGACCAAGGCCGCGUUCAACAACAACUUCUUCCACGACUGGCGGGAGGUGAUGACCGAGUCGGAGCGCGCCAGGAUCACCGAUCUGGCCAAGUGCAACUUCAAGGAGAUGCACGCGUACUUCGUGCAGAAGAGCGAGGAGCGCAAGGCGAUGACGAAGGAGGAGAAGCAGAAGAUCAAGGAGAAGAACGAGGAGAUACAGAAGGAGUACGGCUUCUGCACGAUCGACGGCCACAAGGAGAAGAUCGGUAACUUCAAGAUCGAGCCGCCCGGCCUGUUCCGGGGCCGCGGCGAGCAUCCCAAGAUGGGCAAGCUGAAGAAGCGAGUGCUGCCGGAGGACGUGCUGAUCAACUGCUCCAAGGACUCGAACAUACCGAAGCCGCCGCCCGGCCACAAGUGGAAGGAGGUGCGGCACGACUCCAACGUCACGUGGCUCGCGUCCUGGACGGAGAACAUUCAGGGCCAGGUGAAGUACGUGAUGCUGAAUCCAUCCAGCAAGCUCAAGGGCGAGAAGGAUUGGCAGAAGUACGAGACGGCGCGGAAGCUGGCGCAGUCGAUCGACAAGAUCCGCGCCGAGUAUCGGGAGGACUGGAAAAGCAAGGAGAUGCGUAUUCGGCAGCGGGCCGUCGCCCUGUACUUCAUCGACAAGCUGGCGCUCAGGGCCGGCAACGAGAAGGAUGAGGAUCAGGCGGACACCGUGGGCUGUUGCUCCCUGCGAGUCGAGCAUAUCAAGCUGCACGAGCAGAAGGACGGCAGGGAAUACGUCGUCGUGUUUGAUUUCUUAGGUAAAGAUUCCAUUCGAUAUUACAACGAGGUGCCGGUGGAGAAGCGCGUCUUCAAGAAUCUGCAGCUCUUCAUGGAAAACAAAUCGCCCGGGGACGAUCUGUUCGAUCGUCUCAACACCACCGUGAUGAAUAAGCAUCUGAACGAGCUGAUGGAAGGUCUGACCGCCAAAGUAUUCAGAACUUACAACGCUUCGUGGACGCUGCAGCAGCAGCUCGACAAACUGACGGAUCCGGACGAGACGGAGGCGGAGAAGAUCCUCUCGUACAAUCGAGCCAAUCGCGCCGUCGCCAUACUGUGUAACCAUCAGCGUUCUGUACCAAAAACACACGCGAAAUCCAUGGAGAAUCUAAAGGCUAAGAUUGACGCGAAGAAAGAGGCGAUAGGCGAGUGCGAGCUGCAAGUGAAGGAUGCCAAACGCGACGCGAAACACGGCUCGGUGAAGGAAAAAGUAGCAUAUGAUAAGAAGAAGAAGCAACUGGAAAGAUUGAAGGAUCAAUUGACGAAGCUGGAGGUCCAGGCGACCGACCGAGAAGAGAAUAAAGAGAUCGCGCUGAGUACCUCCAAACUGAACUAUCUCGAUCCUAGAAUUUCCGUUGCAUGGUGCAAGAAACACAAUGUCCCGAUCGAGAAGAUCUACAACAAGACUCAGAGGGACAAGUUCCGAUGGGCAAUAGACAUGGCGGGUCCCGACUAUGUGUUUUAACCCCGCGGAUCGUCAUCGUCAUCAUCAUCAUCGUCGUCGUCGUCGUCACCGUCAACGCCAACGCCAACGCGUAUCGGUCCACGAGAGGAGCACACCUCCCGCUGACGAUGGAUUUAGUGAAUUUUGUUGUAAGGCGGAAACUUAACAUUAAGAUAAAAGGAAUGAUAAAAAGAAGAAAAAAAAGGACAGUGUAAACGAUACAGCAAAUUUUUUUACACUUAACGCGAUAUAUAAAUGUGAAAGUGUGGGAACAUAUUUUGUAUAGAAUGACAUGCGUCGCGUACGCAUUAAAUCAACGAUCGAUUAUAAUCUAAAAAAAAAAGUGGCGUUCAAUCGUAUACGCAGAUCCGAGUACCGAAGCUUUUGUCAAAAACGCGCUUACGGUACGAUUUAAAAAAAAAAA